AUGUCGAAGGCAUUCGACAAAGUAAGUCAUACUAAGCUUCUUCAUCGACUACGCGAAUUUGGGUUUCGAGGAAACAUCCUGAACUGGUUCUCAUCGUAUCUCAGUAAUCGUCGUCAGCAAACAACGGUUCAUGGAGCAACAUCAAGACCUUUAGCCGUAACAUCCGGAGUGCCGCAAGGUUCGAUACUUGGCCCAUUGUUGUUCCUAUUGUACGAAAACCACCUCCCCAACACCGUGAACAAUUCAACUAUCGCCACCUUUGCGGAUGAUACGAAGAUCUUCAGAACCAUAAGCUCCACAUCCGAUGCAUCCUCGCUACAGGAAGACCUUACGAACUUUGAA